AUGCGGUGCUUAUCUCCGGAUGGGAAAGAAGUAAUUAAUCUGUGGGGCGAUCAAGUCGCAAUGAAGGAAUGCUAUAUGCUGACACAGGUUGAGGCGAAGAGGAUGUCGACUCAACAGCAACCAGAUACCUUUGCAUGGGAUCACUCGAACAUGGUAGGGAUCGAUCCCACAGUUUCCUGCCAUAGCCUGAAGGUGGAUCCGGAGUUUAAACCGGUUAAGCAGAAACACCGAAGGUUUGCCCCUGAACGCAAUCGCAUUAUAGCUGAAGAAGUAAACAAAUUAUUGCAAGCAGGUUUCAUUCGAGAAGUACAAUAUCCGCAGUGGUUGUCGAACGUGGUAGUCGUACAAAAGAAGAAUAGAAAGUGGAGGGUUUGUGUAGAUUAUACCAACCUCAACAAAGCAUGCCCUAAAGAUAGCUACCCUCUACCCAAGAUAGACCAGAUGGUUGAUGCUACCACCGGCUACGAGAGGUUAACAUUCCUAGAUGCAUACUCGGGAUAUAAUCAGAUUCCUAUGGACCCCGAAGAUGAAGAAAAAACGGCUUUUAUUAUAGAAAAGGGGACUUAUUGUUACAGGGUCAUGCCCUUCGGACUAAAGAAUGCUGGAGCUACUUAUCAACGACUUGUCAACAAGAUAUUCAACAAUCUGCUGGGAAAGACAGUUGAAGCAUAUAUAGAUGACAUGGUGGUUAAAAGUGUGAAGAAAGAAGAUCAUCCAAAGCAUCUACAGGAAGUUUUUAAUACUUUGAAGAAGUACAACAUGAAGUUGAAUCCAUCUAAGUGCUCCUUCGCGGUAUCAUCAGGUCAAUUCCUCGGCCAUAUAGUGAAUAAAAGAGGGAUGGAGGAGGCCCUCAGUCGGUUGAAAGGUUACAUGGCUGAACCACCCAUUCUAUUCGCUCCAAAACCCGGGGAGGUUCUUAUUAUGUACUUGGCGAUUUCUAAUACAUCGACAAGUGCAGCAUUGAUUAGAAACGAAGGAAAGAGGCAAUAUCCAAUCUUCUAUACAAGUAAGACCAUGACAGAUGCGGAGACGCGAUAUAGUAAAGCAAAAAAAGUUAUCUUAGCUUUGAUCUAUGCCAAGAAGAAGCUUCGGCAUUAUUUUGAAUCUCAAAGCAUUGUGGUACUUACCAACUAUCCUAUACGGGGUAUACUCUCUAAGCCUGAUUUAUCUGGGAGAAUUACGAAGUGGGCUAUCGAGCUUAGUUCAUUCGACAUAACCUAUGAGCCAAAGGUGUCGCAUAAAGGACAAGUCGUAGCGGAUUUCCUUCUCGAGUAUAAAGAUACUCUCGAAGAGCCGGCACACCCAGAACCACAGUGGGAACUUCGAGUCGAUGGUUCCUCGAAUCAAGUAAGUGCAGGAGUAGGCGUUGUAAUGUCAACUCCCAAAGGCACCAAGCUGCAGCAAUCUAUCUGCUUGAAGUUCCCAGCUACGAACAAUGAGGCCGAGUACGAGGCAUUACUUGCUGGUCUUCGGUUGGCUAGCAGUCUCCAGGUACGUUGCUUAAAGGUUUUUAGUGACUCACAGCUUGUUAUAAAUCAAGUGACAGGUCAGUACCAUCCCAAAGAAGAAAAAAUGAAAGCAUAUAAAGAAGCUGUAGAGAACGUUGUACGGGGAUUUGAUCAGAUCGAAUUCUAUCAGGUACCUAGUGUUGAAAAUGCCGAAGCAGAUCAAUUGACCACAUCAGCGUCAUCUUCAAAUGAGGAUCUGAUUCGGAUCCAUGGGGUUCUUCCAGACCAGAAGUCCGAAGCACGGAAGCUCCGUAUCACCGCAGCUAAAUAUGCCAUCAUUAACAAUCAGUUAUACCGAAAGUCAUUUUCAGGUCCUUACCUGAAAUGUUUAAGCCCUACUGAGGCUCUUGUGGUGUUGAGACAAAUCCAUGACGGAGAUUGUGGUAACCAUUCCUGGGGCAGAUCCCUCGCGCAUAAAGUCGUGACUCAAGGUUACUUCUGGCCGUACCUGUCCCGGAAUGCAGAAGAGUAUACACGAAGGUGUGACAAAUGUCAACGUCACAGUCCUAUGAAGCAUCAGCCUGCAGAAGAUUUGCACGCAAUGGCAAAUCCAUGGCCAUUUGCACAAUGGAGGAUUGAUAUGGUGGGCCCGUUACCCAAAACUGUGGAGCAAAAGGAGUACGUGCUACUGGCUACAGAUUAUUUCACUAAAUGGGUAGAAGCCGAGGCCUACUCAAGCGUGACCCAUGAGCAGGCUGAAAUAACUAAUCGGACAAUUUUCAGUUGUUUAAAGAAGAAAUUGGAGAAACUCAAAACUAAAUGGUACGAGAAUCUCCCUCAGGUGCUUUGGGCGUACCGAACCACACCGCAGCGGCCUAUGGGAGAGAGUCCCUUUGCCAUAGCUUAUGGAUCUGAAGCUGUGAUCCCAACCGAAGCGGCAGUUUCGACCCUUCGGACAUUCUUAUUGCUUGAAGGAAACAAUAGUCAGCAGCUCGAACAUAGUCUCGAUCUCCUGGACGAAAGAAGGGAUGCUGCAGCAAUUAGGCUUGCUUCAUAA